GCUGUGAGGUUAUGUCAGUGUAUCUCAAUAACUGAUACAAUAUUUUCGUUUUUAAAGUCUCUUUGCAAUAAAAAAAUGAUAAAUUUCUCAAGAUCAACGUUUCAGCUUGGUCAUUUGCUGAAAACGAAUGGCCAUUCAAAAGUUUUAUCGGCAUUUAGUUUGCACAGUCGGUUUUGCUCUGCUGAAGCAGCACAACCAACCAAGGAGGAUGGACUGAAAACUGAAAGAACUGUAAAUACUCCAACCGAAUCUAUUCCACCAAACAGUAGAUUUGUAUACCCCGAAUUUUUGCCGGAUCCAGAACCGAAAUAUCGACACCCAAUUCGAGAAAAGCUAGAACGUCAAGACAUGAUCAAUCGCAGGGCGCAUAUAGACAUUCCGGAAUUUUAUGUGGGUUCAAUAUUGGCAGUAACUUCAUCUGACCAGCAUUCAAUUGGUAAAACAACACGUUUUGUGGGUAUUUGCAUCGAUAGAGGUUUGUGCGGAUUACGUUCAUUCUUUGUGCUGCGCAAUGCCGUCGAUAAUCAAGGUGUUGAAAUCAAAUAUGAACUUUACGAUCCAACCAUUCAAAAAAUCGAAGUAUUACUAUUGGAAAAACGUCUUGAUGAUAAACUUUACUAUUUACGCGAUGCUCCACUUGAAUACAGUACCUUUGAUAUGAAUAUGGAAACGAAGCAGCAUCCAGAAUACGAACCCGUGCCAGUCAAUACAAUUCAAAUUACUUUAAGACCCAGACCAUGGAUGCAACGCUGGGAGCGGAAAAAUUUAAAAGGCGUCAAAUUAGAAAGCAUCAACGAACAUAUUACAGACAAAAUGCGGGCACAGAAAAUUGCACGAGAAGAACCAUGGUUGAAAUAUGAUCUUAUGAGAGACUAUCGGUCAACCAUUCCUGAGGAGGAGCAACUGGAAAUCUAUUCGGAAAUUUAUCCACAUUUGAAUAGGUUGCGGCAACAACGACAAGUGCAAAAACGCUCGAAAAUGUUUGUAAAACCGAAGAAAUCCAAUUAAAUUGUCAAAUGGUUUUAAAUUUAGAUUCGAUUUAUAUGUUAAUUUUUAUUGCAAUCAAAAUGUGUUAAUAAAUG